AAGUGCAGAACAAGGAACAGAUCCACAUUCAUGUGAAGGAGGCGGAGGGAAGCGCAGGCAAGUUUUCAUGCCACGGAGCUGAAGUUAUCCUUCAACAUCAAAUCUAACCGCAAACAAAUCUGUUCUUCCAAACAGAAGAGGAGAUUUCAGAGGGAACAGGAUCUCUCCCAGUCAGAGGCGGUGUGCGUUACCUCCCAGUGGUCUGUGGUCCUCUCCGACUGCUGAAAAAUGAGUCUAAGCACCAGUGAGCUGGAGGACCUGUGGGAGUCGUUCGGGGACUUGAACUUCUCGGAGACUUUUAGCAACAUAUCAAGUGUGGACGCGAUGGUGUGUGCAACUGCGUUCAACCGCAGCGCUCUGCUGUACUCCAUGUGUGUCCUCUACACCUUCAUCUUCAUCGUGGGUCUGGCUGCUAACGCUCUGGUCCUCUGGGUGAACCUCCGCGCACAAAGAGACUCCACCCCUCGCCACGAGACGCACAUGUACAUCGCUCACCUGGCGGUUGCUGAUCUGUGUGUGUGCGCGACUCUGCCUGUGUGGGUGAGCUCGCUGGCCCAGCAUGGCCACUGGCCUUUUGGUGAAGUGGCCUGUAAACUCACACACCUGCUUUUUUCCGUCAACCUCUUCGGCAGCAUCUUUUUCCUGGCCUGCAUGAGCGUGGACCGUUAUGUGAGCGUGACGCAGCACGGAGAUGAGGGAAGCGCGCGCAGGAAGCUGAUGCGCCGUGGCGCAUGUGUCGGGGUGUGGCUGCUGGCGCUGGUGGCCUCCCUGCCCGACACCUACUUCCUGCGCACUGUCAAGUCAACACACGGGGACACCAUGCUGUGCCGGCCUGUGUACCCAGAGGAAAACCCCAGGGAGUGGAUGGUGGGAGUGCAGCUGAGCUUCAUCCUGCUGGGCUUUGUCCUCCCCUUCCCUGUCAUUGCAGUGUUUUAUGCCCUGCUGGCCAAAGCUUUUAACCGCUCCUCGUCUUCUUCAUCGUCUUCCCCAGUAGAGCAGGAGCGUCGUGUGAGCCGCAGGGUGAUCCUGGCGUACAUCGUGGUUUUCCUGGCCUGCUGGGGGCCCUACCACGGCGUCCUCCUGGCUGAUGCCCUGUCACAGCUGGGCCUGGUGCCGCUGACCUGUGGCCUGGAGAAUGUAAUCUACGUGGCUUUACACCUCACCCAGUGCCUGUCCUUGCUCCACUGCUGUUUCAAUCCCAUCCUCUACAACUUCAUCAACAGAAACUACCGCUACGACCUCAUGAAGGCCUUCAUUUUUAAAUACUCUACUAGGACAGGCUUGGCGCGCCUCAUCGAGGCUUCCAACAUGUCCGAGACUGAAUACUCUGCUGUAGCUGUAGAAAACCCACCGCAGAUAUGAACAUUACAAAACUCAAUGAGCAUUUUUUUAUAUGUAUCUAAAUGAUUCUGUUGCAAGGUAAACUGAUGUUAGAGCUGAUUUGCUCUGUCUGCUAUCAUGUUUGACAUUAGAUGACAGAAAACGAGAAGAAAAUCCAGCGUCCUUUUCACCGAAAAUUGCUUGAGUGAAUGAAAAGCUUGAACACUGCAAAAUGUAAACUCUGGUGGACUGAUUGAAAAGCACUUAGAAAGCGGUUUCAUUAUAACAGCUGAUACUGAAAUCAUAAAAAUGUAGUCAGUCUAGUUGUAAAGCCAAAACAGUGACCGUAAAUGUGUGAAAUCAUUGCCUUUACUGUGUAUGUAGGAUUGUAUUGUGCGUGUGUGUGUUUGUGUGUGUGGUGUGCAGUGUACAGUGAUCGUAUCAGCAGAAUAUUAUUGUUAAUCUCUUUGUAUCUAGUUGUAUUUAUAUACAUUUAAACUGUUUUGCCUCUUUAAUGUUGUAAUGCAAAGUCUUCACACACUGAUGUCUGCUCCACUUCAUACAACGCUGCCUCAUCGUUACAGUUGUCGCCCACUGGCUCAGUGUUUUAGUCCUGCUGUCUCAUUUUUAAUCUUAACCUCACGUCACGUCAGCUGAACCCUUCAGACGGAUCAUUUGAAUAAUUCUGGUUUUUAAAUCAUGAAACAAAUGUUUUUUUUUAAGCACACAUAUGCUUUUUACUGAGACUCAAAUGGCAGGAUUAAUACCACUUUCCUGUCUGUAAACUAAAAUAUAAACCUACAGAAAGCUGCUGAUGAGCUUAGCUUAGCCUACUAGCCUACCUGGUGGUCUGAAUAUUUCCAAACACUGUCUGGAGGUUUCAACUGAGACUACUGAGCUUAAAGAGCAGAUACAUGUAGCUCCUCGUUUUUUCCGAAAGCUAUUUUAUACAGUGUGUUGUAUUGUCACUAUAUUUUGUGCAAGUAAAGGAUGCACACGACCAUGUGGUGUUGAUUCUGACACAGACAGCAAAAACUUUAUGACCAAAUAACAGGACUGAAUAGCUUUACUCCUCUCAUGUAGGCAGCAGCUGUGGUUUGCAACACCCAAGUGUUUAUUAGAGACCAAAAAAAAAAAAAACCCCCACCACGGCAUUACUUUAGAGCCUGUACACAUAUGUGAGAGAGCCAAAAAAUAACGUUUUAUGUGUCAUGAACAUUACAGUUUACUCACUGUCUGUUGUAGAAAGCAGAAUGUUAUUUGGAUGUGCUGACAUAAAUCACAUUGUGUCACGUGAUUGGUUACACAUGUAUGCUCUUACACUGAAAAGAUUUCACGUUGCGAUUAGAAAAGAGCGGAGACACGAACAUGUGUCUACAAGACCAGAGGCAUUCCUUUGACAUUGUAAUGUGUAACAUGUUUUGUCAUAUAUUAAAUAUAGAGAAAAUGUUUCA